UGAGCUUUAGGACCCAGUAAGAACUACAGUCGAGGCUUAAACAACGCAACGUUGAGGAACUAAAAAAGACAAAGUUACUUACUUAAAUGAGAAGUUCAGCUUGGACUUGCAAUAAAGACCGUUGACACCGAAAAAGUCCGAACUUUUCAUUGACCAUUUACUUCUUCAACAGAACAGAUUGACUGCUCCGACAACAUAACGAAGUCAGAAUGAAAGAAUCAAAUUUCAAAGACAAUUUCUGGAGUACAGAGAUCACCAGCACAGCUGGGUAUGACACUUUAAUUCAGCAUCUGAAUGGCGGGAAGAAGACAUGCAAAGAAAUAGAAGACUUUAUUAAAGCAAGGGCUUCAAUUGAGGAAAAAUAUGGGAAAGAGUUACUUAAUUUAACCAAGAAGAAUUGUGGCCAGUGUGAACUAAAUACAUUGAAGCGAGCGUUGGAUGUCUUUAAGCUACAAAUUGAGAAUGUGGGGCAGUCUCACAUCCAUUUGGCACAAAGUUUGCGUGACGAAGCAAAAAGGCUUGAAGAUUUUCGUGAAAAGCAAAAAGAAGCAAGAAAGAAAGUGGAGCAACAUAUGGAAUCUUUUCACAAGCAGAAGGCAAGCCUAUACAAGAAAACAAUGGAGUCAAAGAAAACCUAUGAGCAGAAGUGCCGUGAUAAAGAGGACGCAGAGCAGGCACUGAAUCGGAACACCAAUACCAGCAACGCCAAACAGCAGGAGAAGCUCUAUGCCAAAUCUCUUCAGACAAAAGCAGCUUCAGAAGAAGCAGAUCGAACGUAUCAGCAAAAUGUAGCAACACUGGCUAAAACCAUAGAUGAGUGGCAGAAGGAGCACAUGAGAAGUUGUGAGAUAUUUGAGAACCAUGAAGUGGAAAGGAUAAACACUCUGCGAAAUGCUUUGUGGACUAACGUCAAUCAGCAUUCCCAGCAGUGUGUUACUAAUGAUGAGCUCUAUGAAGAAGUGCGGAAGUCAUUGGAGCAGUGCAGUAUAAAGAAGGAUCUUGAGUACUUCAUAGACCUGAGGAAGACUGGAAACAAUCCACCAGCACCCAUUCUGUAUGAAAACUUCUACAAUGUUCAGAAGUCCGCUUUGUUUUCCCAAACUUCAGUUAAUGCUUGCAGGAGAGGAACAUUGCCAACCCCUGUGAAGUCAGAAAAUGAUAGCUUAUAUGCAACAGUGGAAGACAUCAACUACAGUGCAGUGCGAUACUAGAGGACCUAUGCCUUAUGUAUCCCGUAUGGCUCAGAAAUACUCAACUCCGUACACAAUAUUUGUGUAUAUGGAAAGCUGCACAGCCAAGGACGAUGUGUGUAUUUAUAUCAAUCUAAGAUUAAUAACUCAGUUCUGCCACGGCUAAGCAAGUAUGUUAUCCCUGUAAGGCUGUCUAGACCCACUACAAGAAUGAAUGUUGAGGACUGCGCUACACAUUAGCUUUUGAGAAUGAUUAGAAAUUGAUUCAGCUUCCAGCUCUAGUGGGCUUUAAUAGAUGGUAGAUGCCUGCUGGAACGUCUCGGCACCAACUGUGAAUCAAAUUUAAAAUCAGUACGCGCAAGUGCUAGCGUUUUCUUUUUGACUCGCUGUAUUUUUAAGCGUAGUUCAUGUCUAUUGGACAGUAAAUACUAAGCAAAGAGACAAUAGGUCCAAAUUAAUUUUAUUAUCCACCAACCAGUCAAUACUUCGCAUCGACGAAAGCAACCAGUCCUGUGCCUGUAACUGCCGAGAGCCAAUCACAGACUAUCAGCUCGACUGGAGCUCAGACACAGCAUCUUUCAGCAACAGCAAAGCGAGAUGAGGACAGUUCAGUAAUAUUGUUCCAUUUAUAUAUAGAUUCAUGAGAGAAAGGCUUUGGCUGAAGGUAGAAACAUGGUGAGUUAGGAGACAUUUUAGUGUGGUAGUUAAUGAGUUAAUGUAUUGGUAGUUCAGACUCCAUCAUACACAGACUGUUCAGUAAUUGCUCCGUUCAUUCCUCAGGCAACGUCCAGAUUAUAAAUACGGGUUUAAAAAGUUAAUAAAAAUAAAAAUCGAUUUACUAAAUAAAAAUUAAUUGUUUUUCUGUUCAUAUAUAUGUCAUCCUUGUCCUAAUUUAUUUAAAAAAUGUUUGGGACUAUUUUCUAGAACGUCUUUACACAGCAGAAAGGCACCCGACGAAUCAGUACAAGUUCAAGGUAAAUCUAGGUUUAAGGUGGGUUUUUUUCAAAGAAAACAGUGGUAAAAAAUAAUUUU